GCUCACAUGACCGGAUGUUUGAGCCUUUACGCAAUACGGAAGGGAGCUAAAAGUGGCGCUAUCCGUUAUUAUUCUUACAUUACCGUGGAUAGUGUUAAUAGGUUUAGUGUGUCCAGAACAGCGUCCUGGAGGAGACCGUAAGUCUCCGUAAGUUUGAAGUUUUCGUUGUCUAAUAUGCAUGAUAAUAAACGGCAGCUGACUUCAACACAAUGUGCCUGAAUACAAGUACAAUCUUACUGUAAUAAUGUAAUAUAUAUACACCACAGUUGCUCUAUCUCCCUUCCAUUUAGCUAUAUAAUUAUACUUGGAUAACUUUUUUCGACAAAGCAAACUUCACGAUAUGAGUAUUGUCAACUGGAACAUUGUUGUCAGUUAGGAACGUGGGAAAUGUCCAAAAGUAAGCCCAGAAAGAAAAAGUGUUCGUCCUCAGGUGGCGAGGAAGAGAAGGUUGCAGGAGGCCAUUUCCUAACCAAAGAUAAUUUAAAGAGAAAAGAUUCUAGCGUCGUUCCUGAUAGCCAACAGCACAAGGAGUAUCCUCUUCCAUCGAAUAAAGAUGAUUCCAAAAGCCACCGCCCCAUCAAAAAGGCUGUUUACAAACUGUCCAAAAAAAACGUUUCAGAGCAGAUACCUGUGGAAAUUGAUGUUGGAUGCAAAAGAACCCAAACGGUUGAAAUUCCCUCCAGGGAAAAAACGUCCUCAACACAGACUAAAGGGGACCCCUCUUGGAGCACCCCGAGGCGUCCAACAGAGGGUGCUGGACGCCUCCACCCACGGAGCAUCCACACUAAAGACACUCUCCGUCCAACAGCAGAGAGGACAGCCCAACAUGGACCACGUAUACCGUCACCCCAGAAGGGCUCCAGCAGGUCCAUACAUCCUGCUGAACAGAAGCACAAGCCUCCGUCAUCAAACCCGCCUCUGGUCCCAGAGAAAGCCUGCAAGAGAAAAGCAGACACUGCUACUGGGACGACGACAAAACCGAGCAGGAUCACCUCCUCCUCGGGGAAGGAAUCGACGGUGAGAGGAGGCUGGAAGCCCCUCAACAAGCCAUACAAUGACGAAAGAGGAGAGCCCCCGAGAGCCAGGUCCUCUGUCAGGGCUCCACCUCAUUUGACCACAGAGCAAUCGUCCACCUCCAAAACACAGGCUACCUCCCAUCCAAGGCCCAAGCAGCCUACAUGGACCCUGGCCGGACCCCAUGUGGCCCCGGCCGGACCCCAUGUGGCCCCGGGGCCCCCCUGUGUUCAGGGAGCAGGGGGCCCUCUAAACCCACAGCGUCCAGCGGUGAGGUUUAAGAUACCAAAGAAAACCACUUUGUGUUUAAAAGACGGUGUUAAUAAUACCACAGUUCAUAAUGAGGAGGGUCGCGUAUCGACACAAACCACGAGCACCAGGAGGGGUCCGGCGCUCGCUGGUCUGAAAGGCUCUAAUGGGUUGAACCCUGAAGGAUCUGGACCCGUCCAAAGUGUCCACAGCACUGCGGUAGAUCCGUUCAUUUCACCUCAGAGGGGAAACGAUGGAAGUUCAGCCGAGUCCAACCAACCGAUUUGGCCCCGCGUCGAGGUGCCACCAUCAGACAAACUGAAUUCACACGACGAAGGAGCAAGCAUCACUACUGACGACAAUGAUUAUGAGAUGCCGGUGGUGGAGGCCCUGCACCAGGCCCGCACUGAGAGGAGGCUGGAGGUCGACGUGGUGCAGAGCUAUGGAGAACUCACCCGGAUGGACACGGACGCACACGACCAUGGAGAACCCCCACCGUUCAAAAAUGAGUUGAUAGUGGUUUUGGACACGAACAUCCUUCUCAGUCACCUGGAAUAUGUCAAGAAGAUCCUAUCCCAUGGCCUUGGAGCCAUGGGCUUCGCGGUGGUCCUCAUUCCCUGGGUGGUGCUUCAGGAGCUGGACUCCCUGAAGAACAACAAGGUGCCGAAGGGCUGCGUGGCCCACCUGGCCGCCCCGGCCGUCCACUUCAUCUACAGCUGCCUGAAGAGGCAGGAGCCUCGCCUCUGGGGCCAGUCCAUGCAGCAGGCCUCCGAGGGAAACCGUCGUCUGAAUGCCGAGAACAAUGAUGACAGAAUCCUGCAGUGCUGCCUGCAGUACCAGAUUCUGCACCCAGAGGGCGCCCUCAUCUUGUGCACCAACGAUAAGAACCUGUGCAGCAAGGCCCUCCUGAGCGGGGUGAGGGCGCUCUGCAAGGCCGACCUGGAGCAGGAGAGCGGGAGGCUCCAGGACCACACCCGUCUCCACCCGCCCCCGGAGCCCCUGCCGGCCGCCGCCCCCCGGGGGGCCGCGACACCGUCCGCCGGAGAAGCCCUUCCGCGGCCGGGCGGGGGGGCCGGAGGGGCCGGAGGGGCCGGAGGGGCCGGAGGGGGGGUCCCCGGGAGGAGCCUCAGCGUGUGCGUGGCCCAGCUGGAGGGUUGCCUGAAGGAGGUGCUGCCGCACAUCCUGGAGGUGGAGAUGAAGGCGGCCUUCGAGGAGCUCUGGGAGGACAUUGUUUACGUGAAGCCGCCCUGGGACGUCCCGGACGCACUGCGCUGCAUGAAGAAACACUGGAUGGCCGUGUUUGGGAACGUUAUCCCACGGAAUCUCCUCCAAACUCUGGUUCAUCUCUGUGACUUCUUCAGCCCAGGUCGGCCGGUGGACCAGGCCUCUGUGGGGGGCGCGCUGCGUGAGGCCGCUGAGCUGCUGGACGGGUUCGGGAAGGCGAGCUACGGGGGCCGGCUGCCCGCCGCCGCCGCCGCGCUGGAGGCCAUCCGGCGCCAGCUGGAGGCCGAGGACACGCCCCCUGAGCCUGAGCCUGUUCCAGCUGAACCAUUGGUCGAGGAUGCUAUGAUGUCAGAGGAGAAGCAGGCACCGCCCCUCCAGGUCUCCCCCCAGGAGGUGUGGGCGGUGUUCGAGAACCUCUGGGCCAACCUGUGCCAGAUAAGCUCGGCCCUGUUCACAGCGCUGCACUUCGACCCCGGGACCCCGCAGAGCCCCCUGGGGGCCCCCCCGCCCCAGGACGCCACGGCCUGUCUGCACAAACUGCUCCCCCUGGUGGCCCAGCUGCUCAGCGCAUUCAGCAGGGUGCUGUCCUCAGACAUGGGGAUGGAGGAGAGUCAGGCCCUCCUCAGCUUCAUCCACGCCAGCCAGAUCGUGAGCAUCACGGCGCACCUGGACACCCGGGACCUGGUCCAGUGUUUCUCUCAGCCAGAGUACAGGACCGUUUCCUGAUCAUCUUGGUCUACGGGACCAAUGCAACCAACCAGCAAUUAGAGUGGCCCAGGGUUGAGCCGGAACACGUCGUUGGAACCCGCGGUCCGGCCUGCGAUGGAACUCUUUUGGGCAAAAGUGCCCCGUCAAUAUACCACUAGAAUCCCCUCGAUAAUAAUAAGCUGCUUCCGUCAUCCAACACGACAAGCUCUCCUCUCUCCAAUCCGCGUUUCCAUCGCUCUUCCAGAAACAACUCAACUCAAUACUUCUCUUCGUAGGAUAUAAUCUCAACCUGAAAGAACUUUAGAGGACAAUCAUUGAUUGCCUUAUUGCUCAAAAGGACAACAUCACAGACCAUUGCAGCAGAUAGACCAACAAUAUGUCGUCCACAUUAUUCCCCUAGACCCAAAACGAUCUGAAGAAAAGGUCCAGGUUGAAAACCACAAAGUUUUCCUCUACGUUCCUUGGCCAUGUAGUUACGGUCAAUGAGCUAAUCUUAAAUACCCAAGGUUUGCAGCUCGUUGGAUUGCUCCACUAGUCCAGAUGCUGUUAAAGCUGCGUUUAACAGACGACAUAACCUUGACCUAAAUAUAUCGCCUAUCCUUCUGUAUUAUCUAAGUGGGUUAGGGACUAAUUGUACAAAUAGACAAAAGCUGACACAGCUGAAUGCCCAGCCAAUACAAAAACCCUGAAUAGAAGCUAGUGGAAAAUUAUAGUCAUCUUAUCAGUGGUCUGACACAACGUAACAGGCCAUACGUGAAGGAGACGUUGAUCUGCAGAUCCUUCUAGUAGGCACAGGAGCAUUCAGCAAGAGGAAGUUAUAAGCAGAGUACUGGAAGAGCCUCCAUUCAACCCACUGGUUUAACCUGUGUUUCAGUUCCGUUGAAUCCAUCUGUCAAGAGACAUUCAGCCAAUUGUAACCCCGUUCAUUUUAGACGGUCACAAGGCAAAUUGAGCAGGAUCAACUACAUAGAACGACUUGUUCUAUGUAGUUGAUUUCCGGAGGAGUUUAAUACUGGCCCACUCGUAGAUUAAGGAGCAAUAAAGAGACAAGAGGAUGGAAAGCAAAUAUGGCCAAUAUGCCAUGCAUGCAGUAAUAUAAAAUAAUAUCACCAGCCUCCAGCUUACUAACAUGAACAGAUUCUUACACAUGUGCAAGAAAUAGAACUGGGACUCAAGAACAGAAGAAAACGAGCACAAAGGAAAUUGAAAGAAGGCUUCCCUUGUCCGAACACUUCCGACAGGGGAAGCUCCACUCCGCCCGCUGUGUGGAAGGGGUAAACUGACCUAGUUGUGGCAUUAUGCAACGGGAAGCAGACUCUUAUGACCAUCCACUGCCUCCUCAUCACUCUGUCGUAAUCAGAGCUAACAGCGUUAUGCUUCUGGGUCCAUUUCCUCUGACUCUGAAUCAAAGCCCCUCGUCCAGCCACCCCCUGUCCCCUUCAUAAAGGAGUCCAGAUAUCACAAACAUCACAGCAACACCAUUUGCAAGGGCAAAUGGUCAUUUAAGUUGGCCUUUACAAAAUGCCCAUCACAUGUAAAGGUGUUGCUAUACAAACAAAACCACAAGUUGUAAAAUAUAUGUCUAAAACAAAUGGAGGGAAAUUAACCUGCAGAUUAAUAAUCAAACAUGAUGCAAAGCCUCCGCCAUGACAAGGUGUUGCUAGCAGCCUGAACUCACAGCGUGGGAAUGGUACAGAAAGUAGACAGAGGGGAGACGGAGGAAGUGUG